AUGGACCAAAGACCAUCUGACGGAAGCCAAGUCAACAACAGGUGUUCGCCGACAACACACGAACUUGUCGAGGCAAUAAAAUCACUCGACAACGAGAAGAGCCUUACAAAUCAUGAGGUGUGCGAAGAGCUGACACGACAACAUGCUACUUGGUACAUCAGUGCAAAGAGGGUCAAAAUGCUGCGGUCAGAGAAAAACCGGCGUCAAGAACAAUUACCAUGUGUUGCAAUCAAAAUCGGCUGUGAGAUAAGCCUCUCCUACGAUGUAAAAGAGGGGUUGAGGUCACUCCUGAAUCAUCUCAACCCAGUCACCCAAGAGCGCCCUCAUUCAGACAUAGAAGCAUUACGAAGGAUGGAGAGAAUGCUGCCUGCAGGACAACCCACAGAGCCGUUGAUAUUAUUUCCACGGCACAUCUCGAUCACAUCGUGGUACUACCAGAUCUAUCACACGAUGAGGAUAGAUGACAACCGCCCAUAUCAUCCUGUCAUGCUGGAAAUCUUCGGCAGAAAGAACUGUCCGCGAGGGGAACUCCUCAUUGUCAGAAAUGGAGAAGAUUUCAAUCCACAGUCGGCAGAAUGGGACGUAGAUCCAGAGGAAUUGGGGAAGACACUAUGGUGGUACAUGAAGAGUAGAAUUGACCCUAUGAAGGAGGCAAAUGAGAGGCGGCUGUUAAGAUACAUGGAGAGACUGUAA